AUGCUUCUACGAGGCAAAGCCCAGCGUGUCGCAACUGCUUCGAGCCCACGAGUACCUUACCGAGGUUGUGGAGGAAGACGGCCUUUUGAGAGUAUAUUGGGUUUUUCACAAGGCGCCAAAGUCGCUGCAUCUCUCCUGCUCUAUCAAGCGUGGGAAGUGCAUUUCAACUUCGCUGUCUUCAGUGGCGGUACAAAGUCAUUCGAUGUCUCUGCCCUCGCUUCUGGGAAAAUCUCAAAACCCGUCAAGAUGUGUGCAGACACACAUUCUACGAGGAUAAGAAUUCCAACCGCCCAUGUGAUUGGGAGAAGCUACGCUUGUCGUAAAUCCUCGAAAGCGUUCUUAGGGUUGUGCAAUCCGCGGGAGGUCAAGGUGUAUGAUCAUAAAGGUGCGCAUGUUGUGCCGAGAGGACAGGAGGCGAUGGAGGACUUGUCAGCUGCUCUCAAUUGGGUGGUCGAUCGAGCGAUGUAUCAGUGA